CCAAACUAGAAAAUGUACUCGGCUGCCAGCAGCAAAGAGUAAUUGCCCAAGAAUAGUCGUGGGUGUUAGCGAUUUUAAAAAAUUGCGUUUGGAAAGCGAGAUUAUUGUUGAUAAAUCACUUUUAAUUAAAGCUAUUUUGGAAUCUCCAGCCGAAUUGGAAGUCAAUUCACAAGGAGAGCGAUUAUCUCCCCAAAAAAGCAUCAACCGCACGCUUUUUGUUGGGGGCAAGAUAGUUGAUGAUCUCGAAGGAACGAGAAAGUUGGCUUCCUUGAUGAUUAGUUCCGAACCAAAAUUUAUGGAAAAACAAGGUAAAUACCCAGUAAUUGUUCUGGACCUUAAAGAUGCGAAAGGAGGUAAUAGUUACCAAGAGAUUGAAAAUAAAAUUAAAAUUCAAGUAUUUAAUGCUUUUGCUGAACACAAUUACUUGAAACAAUACCUAGUUCAGGAGGAAAAUGCUCUAGAAAAUACUCUAGAAAAAGAGCAAUUAACUAGAUGUUUUUUAGGGAAAGCUGAGAAAAUUGAUUUGGAGUACGACACAGUGAUCAAUGACGCCUACUUGACGCUCAAACUGGCUAAUAAGCCUGCAGAAUUUGAUGAGAUAUUAAAACUCUUUCGGACAAUGCUCGGCUCGGCCUUAAAAGGCAAUAUUUAUCCUAAACAGCCAGAAGACUCCCACUUCCAUAA